CCCUCAUGAAUAAAUUUUUAAAAAAAUCUUUAGAAAAAAACAGUAGGAGCCAAGUUUCUCACUAUGCAAGGAGGAAGUUACAAAUACAGGAGGAAAAUAAAAUCCUGCAAUCUUGGGCUCGAACUGGAGGUUAUCAGUGUAAACUCAUAGUUUCUAAUACAUAUAGAUACAGAAAUCUGUACAGAUGUAUAUGUCUGUCUAUAGUACAUAUUUCCUAGCAAUGCCCAUGAAAGGGUUUGGGAGCAAAGACCUCACAAUGAGAAAACAAAGCUCAGAUCUUGGCCUCUACGUAUCAUUGAAAGACCCAGCGCUCCUUGGAUAAAUGGCUGAUUCCAGGACUGGAUCAGGGAAAAGUGUAAGGUGAGCCUGGAGCAUCUUCUGGGCCAAGGAGUAGAGAGUGCUCAAAGAAUCAUGGGAUGAGUCUGAACACAAAGAAGCUUACAGGUCUCUCACUGGCAAAAUUGAAGAGGAUUUGAACUUCAAGAUAAUGACAGUAAUAGAUUAUAACCCACGGAAAUCAAGCCAUACUGAUAGGAAUAAAUUAGUGAACCAAAAAGCUUGAAGAGGAAUGGCAUUUUUAUACUUUCAAAGUAUCUCUUCACAAAGUCCUUAUUAAUAACAAAGACGAAGAGUCAUUGCAGUAGCCCAGCAGACACCACCUUAACCAGGUUAUCGAAGUGAACACCUCAGGUGAUGGGACAACUUGAAACUGUGCACAACCUGAGAGGUGCAAUGUGAAGACCAUGGCAUCAUUUCUGAGAUAAUCCUGCCAAAAAUGUUUAAUCUGAAUCCAGUCACAAGAAAAUAUCAAAUAAAUCUGCAUUGAAGAACUUCUACAAAAUAGCUGUGAUCUUUUUUUUUUUUUUUAAGAUUUUAUUUGUUUAUUCAUAGACACACACAGAGGCAGAGACACAGGGAGAGGGAGAAGCAGGCUCCAUGCAGGGAGCCCAAUGUGGGACUUGAUCCCGGGUCUCCAGGAUCACACCCCAGGCUGCAGGCGGUGCCAAACCACUGCGCCACCAGGGCUGCCCAGCUGUGAUCUUUAAUAGUGUUAAUGUCUUGAGUGUCAUGGAAAGACUGAGGAAAUGUUCCAGAAUGAAGGAGACUAAAGAAAGAAAUAUGAGUAAGGCUAAAUAAAAGUAUGAGUAAGGCAACAAUAAGUCUAAACUGGAUUCUUUUCUUUAAAGACACUGGGACAUUUGGCAAAGCAAGACAAUCCAAGGAUAGUAGUAAUGUAUCAAUACAAACGUCCUGAUUUUGGUGAUUGUACUGUGGUUACGUAGGAAAUAAAAGUAUUUGGGUGAUGGAGCAUCAAGUCUGCAUUAUAGUCUCUUAUACUGCAUUUGUAAAUGUUCAGUUAAGUUUCAAAGUAAGCGAAUUUUUUUUUUAAUUUCUUAAGUUCUACACCCAGCGUGGGUCCUGAACUCACCACCCUGAGAUCAAGAGUUGCAUGCUCUACUGCCUGAGCCAGCCAGGUGCCCCACGUGGCUGUGUUCGUUUUUUAAUAAACUAGGUCAGGGCGCCUUGGUUGGCUCAGUCAGAAGGGCAUGCAACUGGAUCUCAGGAUGGGGAGUUCCAGCCCCACCUGGGGCUUAGAGAUUACUUAAAUAAGAACUUUACAAUUUAGCAGUUAUUCCCAGUGCUCCUGUGGGUUCCACUGUAUCCAAAAUCCGAAGAUGUGAGCAAGAACAAUGACCAAUCAUCCUAAACCAGCAGGAACAAACCUGUGAUCCACCAAAGUCCUAUUUGUUGCCUCCGGGAAACCACAGAGACCGCGAACCAGAAGAACCCGUAGGGUGUCUCACCGUACAAAGAGGAAAAAAAAAAAAAAAAAAGACAAUGAAGACUUGUGGGCAUGGUGGAGGUUAGGUAAAAUGAUAAGCUCAAAGCAAAGCUGAGCUGUGGGUGAAGGCAUCAACAUCGGAUCUGGACUGAGAAGUGGAGGUAGGACCGUGUUUCCUCGGAAACUACCAAUUAAAGAAAAAUAAGGAAUGCUCCCUUCAGGAACGCCUGAUCGGAAGCUCUGCACCUGGGCACAAGUCGAAGCUGCUUCCCGGUGUCCAAGUGACUUCGUUCCUCCGGCCGAGAGUGAGAAUGUUUCAUUCUCUCUGAUACAAUUUCAAACAGCAGCGCGCACCUGACCCUUAGAGAACCGGCUUUCUAAGAGCGCAAGAAUUGCAGUGUUCAUCCGAAGGUGGGGCUGUGAGGAUACUUUUCAGUUGCAGUCCGUCCUUAGAGGAAACAGUUUUCCGUUUGCCCUCUAGCCGGUGUUUCCUGGUUCCCGCCUGAUGAAUGGCUGCGCAGGUCUCUGCUUUCUCAACGGUGCGAACGAAAUACACAACUCGGUCUCUCAAGCCACAGCUAUCCCCCCCCCCCCUCCAGGUCCCCGCUGAAGACCGCAGUUCCCUUAACCCCCUUCCCUGUCAUUUCGCACCCUCAAGCCGCCGGCACGAUCCGCAACCACGUUAACUCUCGGAGCGUUCGGCUUUCCCAAGCUCGACCCGAGGGCAAGGGCCGCCCCGCUCUUCUCAAAUCCUAUUGGGCAAAAUCCACGCCUCUCAUCCCGGGGCCGGACAAGAGAGACGAAAGGGCGCGAGAAGAUGACGUCACGGCAGCGGGGAGGGACCUUCGGUUGCUUCGGGCUCUCCGUCCGCUCGGGGUGCUGACAGAAGACCGUUCCGUGGGCGACGCCGUCGCAAUGACCAUUUGUCAGUUCUUCCUUCAAGGCCGGUGCCGCUUUGGAGACCGGUGCUGGAACGAACAUCCCGGCGCCGGGGGUGCGGGCGGAGGACGGCAGCAACAGCCCUCAGGUGACGUUCUCCUCCAUCCGCCGCCGCUAGCGGAGCAGGGGAAGGCCUGGCGCCAGGGCCGUCGGGCGGAGAACGGGCGUCCGGCGUGGGGCCCGCCGCUCGGCGCAGCGCGGCGGCGGCGCAGCAGUCGAGUGACGCUGACGUGCCCGCGUCGUCCGGCCUUCGGCCCCGCCCCCGGGGCCCGGCGCAGGCUCUCCCCGGCGCCGCUACCCGCUGUGUGGGCGUCCCGCUGAUUUCUGCCGUGGGGAUGAAGACAGAGUCUUGGCCUUUGGUACUAAUGCGAAACCAUGAGUUUCUAAGUUGGAAGUACGCGUCGUAACUGCCUUGUCUGUGGGUGGUAAAGGUCCGGAGAACUGGUCUAGGCCGACCCAGACGCCGCCUUGCUUUACCUAGACCCCACCUUCUGGGUGCUUGUCGUUUUUUUCUUCACCCUUGACACUCUAAGUAUGAUUUUUACGAGACUUUUCCCGAGAGAGAGAGGCUCGCAGCCGGGGGCCAAAGUCUGGAUUCUUGGCUUUGGGGAAGUCGCAGACUCCUUUGAACGUGUGAUGUCAGCUACAAAGCUCUUGCUCUGGCGAAUGUACGGGCUCGUAACAUUGAAGGUAGUAACAGACGUGGAUGGAAUGCCACCAGCCAAAGAUAUUCCAGCGUUAUUCAGCCAUCCAGCUUCUCCAAAUCAACACCAUGGGGGGGCAGCAGAGAUCAAGAAAAGCCAUCUUUUGGUUCCUUCGAUUCUGGAGCUUCAACUAGCAGGAACAGGGGGUUUGGAUUGUCCCAGAACCCAUUUGCUUCACCCAGUUCUGAUGGGCAGAAAGAUGAAAAGAAACUUCUGUUUUACAGACAUUUCACCAGAGGAGUUGAGGCUUGAAUACCAUAACUUCUUAACCAGCAAUAACUUACAGAGUUAUCUGAAUUCCCUCCAACAGUUAGUAAAUCAAUGGAGAAACAGAAUAAAUGAACUGAAAAGUUUGAAUACAUCAGCUAAUAUAGCUUUGCUCUCAGAUCUAAAGGAUGGAAUAAAUCAAGCAGCACCUGCAUUUGGAUUCAGCAGUACACAAGCAGUAACAUUUGGAUCACCAGGUUUUCCAGGAAAUAACAGCAGCAGUACUAGUGCCCAGAAUUUUAGUUUUAAGCCAAGCUCUGGGUUUUCCUCUGCCUCUUCUGGAAGUCCUUCUUUAUUUGGGAAUACUCCAGCAUUUGGAGCUGCAUCCUCUGCCAGUUCUGCCAUCACUACUUCUGUUCCAACAUUUGGAUUUGGGAAAUCUUCAGUCACAUCUGCUGCUUCGUUUUCUUUUAAAAGUCCUGCAGCAUCUGGUUUUGGGUCACCUGGAUUUUCAGGAUUUCCAACUUCCAUGGCAGCAGGCUCUGUUGGAGCUCCAGGGGCCCCAGCCUUUGGAAGUGGCAGUUCUGUGACUAAUUUUGGUAAUCUAGGCUCACAUUCUCACACUGCUUUUUCCAAGUCAUCCAACGACACCUUUGGAAAUAGUAGCAUAUCCACCUCUCUCCCAACCUCAAAUGGCAGCACCAUAACAGAUAAUGUAUUAUUCACACCGAAGGAUCAACUAACAACAGAAGAACUAGAUCAAUUUCAAUCCAAGAAAUUUACUCUGGGAAAAAUUCCUUUAAAGCCACCGCCUAUGGAACUUCUAAAUAUUUGAAAGGACGACUCUAAAUACAGAAAAGAACAGCUCUUAAAAUUGUCUUGAGUGGUUUGUAUAAAAUUGCUUUGAGUGGUUCAAAUAUAUACGUAUAUAUGUAUACGUACAUAUACUUACAAGGGAUAUAAACUUUGAAUAAUAACUUUAGGGGAUUUGAAAUUCAAUAUUUUUUUUCUAAGUCAAGUAUAUGAAAUACUCAGCAAGUUUUUUUUUUUACUUUAAUUAUGAAUGGAACUGAAAAAAACUGUCAUUGUGCACUGAAUAAAGUGCUAUUUUCAUUCUAUCUCACUUUACUGUCUUACCUUUUAAAGGUUUUGCCUCUAAAUUUUUUUUUUUUUUUUUUAAGGAGAUCAUUUUGGGUUGUUUGGGUGGCUCAGUCAGUUGAUCAUCUGCCUUAGGCUCAGAUCAUGAUCCCAGGACCUACAUUGAGCUUCUUACUCAGCAGAGAGCCUGCUUUUCCCUCUCCAUCUGCCUGCUGCUCCCCCUGUUUGUGUUCUCUCUUUCAGGAAAUAAAUAAAUAAAAAUCUUUAACAAAAAAAAAAAUCAUUUCUAAAGCCAUUAAGGGGAGAAAUGCUUAAGUAUUUAGCUUAACAAAUCAGUAGCAUGACUGUCCUUCACGUUAAAGAAAACUCUCUUAGAGAGAUAACAGUUUUUAAAGGGUAAAAACUUCUUAUUUUUCAGACCUACAAGGCAUUUUCCCCUCACAAUUUUGUUUCCCUUCAAUUUUGACUCUGAUGGGCCACCAUUUGAGUUUUGUUCAACAAUUUUUUUAAGAUUUAUUUAUUUGAGAGAGAGCACAAGUAGGGGUCAGAGAUAGAAAGGGAGAAACAGACUCCCCACUGAGCAAGGAGCCCGACUUAGGGCUCAAUCCCAGGACCCUGGGAUCAUGACCUAAGCCGAAGGCAGACACUUAAACUGACUGAGCCACCCAGGGGGCCCUCUUCCAAUUUUAGAUGGAUUUUUAUCUGGGCCUAAUUUUUGUAUAAUUCUAUUUAUACUUCAUUCUAUCCCAUCAAGUUAGUAGAUUGUAAGAGGAAUGGAAUUGUGGUCUCUUGUGAAUAAAUAGUGUAUGUGGUGGGGUCAGGAUUCACCAGCUCUGGUGAGUUUCUUUUAGAAUCUCAGAUAUGGGGCAGCCCCGGUGGCGCAGCGGUUUAGCGCCGCCUGCAGCCCGGAGCGUGAUCUGGAGACCCUGGAUCGAGUCCCACGUCGGGCUCUCUGCAUGGAGCCUGCUUCUCCCUCUGCCUGUGUCUCUGCCUCUCUCUGUCUGCAAAUCUAUGAAUAAAAAAAAAAAAUCUCAGAUAUGUUUUGAUCUCCCUAUGCUCUCAGAUUGAAAGAGUAAUAUCUUGUAUAUCUUAAAUAUAAUUGAUCCAAGAAGCCAAAGACUUGUCAUGAGUUGAGGCAUAUGUGUCAGAGUUCUGUUCUCUCUCAAGCCUCCAUAAUGACAUAGCUCACACUACAGAAUAGUUACAUGAUACAGAUCUGGUAUAGAGCUGAAUUUUUUAUGUGAAAAUAGAACCUUACCUAAUAAAAUAUAUGUACCCCAAAUGAUUUUCGUAUUUAUACAAAGAAUUCGGUCCUCAGAGGAUCCAGAUUCUAUAUUCUUUCAAAGAACUGUAUGACUCCCUGUCAUACAGUUUCAAAGAACUGUAGGACACUUCUGGAAACCCAAAAUUUGGGUUAGAAUCUGUACCCAAGGGAUGUGUGUUUGAAACCAUCCUUGGUGUAGAAAAGAGUAAAAAGAUAUUAAGUUCCUGCUUUGGUCUCAAGCUCUAAAGGCUUUCCAAUGUUUAUUCCAACUUAGAGUUGACUCCCAGGAUUUUCCUACCCGAUGGAGUGAACCCUUUGCUACCAGGCUUACCAGUCCCCUAUGAGUCCCAAUUGAACUUCCCAGUAGUCCUGGAGGCUCCAAAGAUGUAGAUUAAGGACAUAGUUGUAGGAAUCAGGACUAAAUUUGCCUGAUUAUAAGCAUCGCAUGAGGUAUUUGUUGAAUUCCCUAUUUAGAAUCCACUAGGCUAGGCCUGGGGAUGUGUUUUUUACCAAGUGUUUCAUGAGAUUCUAUAAAGCAAGUUUGGGAAAUAGGAGCCUAUCUAGCUGCAUUUAGGCUAGUAAUACGCAGUUUGGGAGUUUUGUUGUAAUUGCCAAGUCUAUUUUUAUGUGCUUGUGUGCUAACACCCACACAAUGUGGUGAACUUAGAUCAAGGUGGUCAAAUAGUGUAGUUGUCAAAAAGCACAAAUAAGUGUGGGCUAUUUAAAAGUGUGAGAAACUAAAGCAAGUUCACAAAGUAUGAGACACAUGGGUGGCUCAGUGGUUGAGUGUCUGCCUUUCAGCUCAGGGCAUGAUACCAAGUUCCAGAAUAGAGUCCCACAUUGGGCUCCCUACAGGGAGUUUGCUUCUCCUUCUGUCUAUGUCUCUGCCUCUCUGUGUCUCUCAUGAAUGAAAUAAAUUUUAAAAAUCUAAAAAAAAAAGUUUACAAAUAGAAACCAGCAAUAUGUGUGCAUACCAGAGUGUUAUAUGUUACCAAAUGCUUUUUCUGCAUCAACCGAGAUAAUCAUAUGGAUUUUUGUCCUACAUUUGUUAAUGUGGUGUGUUAUAUUGAUUUGUUUAUUGUUGAACUAUUCUUCCAUUCCAAACUUAAAUCCCAUUUGAUCAUGGUGUAUAAUCCUUGUAGUGUGCGGUUUACUUGAGUUUACUAGUAUCUUGUUGAGGAUUUUUACGUUGUUACUCUUCAGGAAUACUUUUCUAUAGUUUUCUUUUCUUUUUUUUUUAAUUUUUUUUAAUUUUUUUUUUUUUUUAAUUUAUGAUAGUCACACAGAGAGAGAGAGAGGCAGAGACACAGGCAGAGGGAGAAGCAGGCUCCAUGUACCGGGAGCCCAACGUGGGACUCGAUCCCGGGUCUCCAGGAUCGCGCCCUGGGCCAAAGGCAGGCCCCAAACCACUGCGCCACCCAGGGUUCCCUAUAGUUUUAUUUUCUUGAUCUUUAUCUAGUUUUGGUGUCAAAUAAUACUGGAUUCAUAGAAUAAGUUUGGAAGUGUUCCCUCUUCAAUUCUUUGGAAGAUUGUAAGGAGGAUUGGUGUUAAUUUCUUUAAUUGCUUAGUAGAAUCCUUAAGUAAGUCAUCUGGUCUUGGUUGGGAGGUGUUUGACUACUGCUUCAAUCUCCUUACCAGUUAUAAAUUUCUUCAGAUUUUUUAUUUUUUUAUGAUUCAGUCUUGAUAGGUUGCAUAUUUCUGAGAAUUUAUCCAAUUCUUCUAGGUUAUCCAAUUUGUUAUUAUAGAAUUAUCCUCUUAAUUUUUGUAAUAUGCAUUGUUUCAAUUCUAGUUUUAAUUAUGUGAGUCUUCUACCUCUUUUUCUUAGUCUAACUAGGGCAUUGUCAAUUUUGUCAAUGUUUUCAAAAGACAAACUAAAUCCAAAUUUAGAAGGAAAGAAAUAAUAAGGAUUAGAGUAGACAAUAGAAAAACAAUAGAAAAAAUUCCAACAAAAUCAAGAGUUGGUGUUAUGAACUGAAUGUUAAUGUCUCCCCUCAAGUUCCAAAACUCAUAUAUUGAAGCCCUAAUUCAUAAUGUGAUGGUAUUUGGAGGUGGGGCCUUUGAGGAAUAAUUAAGUUUAGAUUAAGUCUUGAGGGUGAGAACCUCACGUUGAGAUUAAUGUUCAUAUAACAAAAAGAGAGAGAGAGAAGUCUCUAUCUUCAUGAAUAUGCACCAAGAAAAGGCCACUGAGACUUUUCAGCAAGAAGGCAACUAUCUCAAGCCAGGAAGAGGGUUCUUACCAGCACCUGACCAUGGUGGCACCCUGAUCUUGGACUUUCAGUCUCCACCAGAACUGUGAGAAAUAAAUAUCUGUUUAAGCCACCCAGUCUAAGAUAUUUUACGGUAGCUUUCAAGAUUCUCUGUGAUUUUUGACAGUUUGAUUAUGAUGUGCCCUGGUGUAGUUCUCUUUAGGUUUGUCUUGGAGUUUUUUAAUUUCAUGAAUUUGUAUGUCCACUUCUAGUCUCAAAUUUAGGGGAUUUGUGGCCAUUAAGUAUUCUUCAAUUAGGCUUUGUACUCCUUUCUUUGUUCUUCUGAGGUUUCCAUAACUUAUGUGUUGUUCUGCUUUAUGGUGAUCCAUAAGACACUUAGGUUCUCUUCUUUCUUCUUCAGUCUUUUUUUUUUUUAAAGAUUUUAUUUAUUUAUUCAUAGAGACAGAGAGAGAGAGAGAGACAGAGGCAGAGACACAGGCAGAGGGAGAAGCAGGCAUCAUACAGAGAGCCUGACAUGGGACUCGAUCCAGGGUCUCCAGGAUCACGCCCUGGGCUGCAGGCGGCGCUAAACCGCUGCGCCACCGGGGCUGCCCUUCUUCAGUCUUUUUCCACUUUGCUCCUCUGCCUAAGUGAUUUUGGAAGUCCUAUCUUUGAGUUCACUGAUCCUUUCUUCUGCCUUGUCAAGUGUGAUGUUGAAUAGUGAAUUUUUCAGUGCAGUUAUUAUUGUUUUCUGUUGGGUUCAGAAAUUUCUGAAUUUCUGUUGGGUUCUUCUUCAUAAUUCUGUUGUAUCAUUGAUAUUCUCAAUUUGUUUAUGCAUUAUUUUCCUGAUUUUAUUUAGUUGUCUGUCUGUGCUCCCUUUGAAUUCAUUGAGCAUUUAUGAUGGCUAUUUCAAAUUCUUUGGCAACUCAUAAGUCUCCAUUUAUUUAGGGUAAGUUUCAGGAAAUUUAAUUUUUCCUUUAAAUGAGCCACAUUUCCUUGUUUCUUUGUAUGUUUUGUUAUCUAUUGUUGGGAUUUUGGCAUUUGAAAAAUCAGCCAUUCCUCCCCAACAUUACAGUCUGGUUUUGUACAGUAAUGACAGUCUCAGUUCAGCGCUGCUAGAGAUUUUGGAGAUUCCUCAAGCCUUUUCUGGGGGUGUGUCCUUUUUGGGCUAACCUAAUUGAAGAGGUUUGCUUAUUUCUACUCAGUACUCCCCACCAAUAUUUGCCUGCGCUACUGUGGCCUCACUGGUGCUCUAGUACGCCAUGGUACUGGAGCUCCACCUAGUAUCUACUUCUGGUACUGCAGACUCUGGUGCCAUGAACUUUCCUACCAGGCUUUAAUGUGGUUGGCUUUGCACUCACCUGGAGUAUAGGAUCUCUUCACUGGGUUCUAGAUUUUUUAGACAGUUGGUCCAUUCGUUGCUGUUAAAUCUAUCUCCAUAGGUGAAGGAGGGUGGAGGACUUCCUAUUUCAUCAUCAAUAGCUCUAGUUUUUAUGACACUUUAUAAUGUCUCAGACAAUAUCUUAAGUACUUUACAUCUGUUAGCUAAUUUAACCUUCAUAACCCUAUGAUCUGGGUACAAUUAUCAUGAUCCUCAUUUUCUAAGUAAGAAAAUGACCUAUCCAAGGUCACUCAACUAGCAAAUGAUUAAAUUGGAAUUCAAACACAGGACUUACAAGUGGAUGUUUUUAAACUACCAUGCUAUAUUAGAUUAGAUUAUGGGAUUUUUUUUUCCUUUUGCUUUUUUCUACAAUAUACCUGUAUUACCUUGGCAAUACAUGUUAUCUCUUAUUUUUCUUAUAGACUUGUAAUUUGUAGGAUGGAGCUUAGCAUUUUUAUAUGGCAAAGGCUUAAUUUUAGCAGGAUUAGUUGCUGCAGUUAAAUUCAUUCCCCUAAAAUUCAAGAUAAAUGAAGUACUCAGAAAGUACAAACUUCUUACCCCUUACUCCCUCCAUAAGCUUCCAAUUCUGUUUCUCUUACCCUCAACCAAGGAAUAGUGUAAGAAAAAGAUCUUCCAGUUGGAGUGAUGGUAGGCAUUUCUCCUUACUCCUUUCCAGCCCCCUUCUUUCAUCUUUCAGUUUUUCCUUUCCACUUUUCCUUCCAGUACUUUAAAAAAAAGAAAAAUUGAAGGUUUUAAAAAUGUGAGGGGAUCUUUUAAGAAGGAUGCUUUAAAGUAUGAAUCAAGGAUGCGUGGGUAGCUCAACAGUUAAGCAUCUGCCUUCGGCUCAGGGCAUGAUCCUGGGGUAUAGGAUCGAGGCCCACAUGGGGCUCCCUCCGAAGAGCCUGCUUCUCCCCCUGCCUAUGUUUCUGCCUCUCUCUGUGUCUCUCAUGAAUAAAUAAUCUUUUUAAAAAUGUCAAUAAAGUAUGAAACAGAUGGAGGAAGAUACUUUCUUUGAUCCACAUAUUAGUUUAUGUUGAGAAUUAUUACAUAAAAAGAAACGUAAGUGGUCCAACUUCAAAAAUACUCAUGAAAGACAAAUUAAUACAAGAUACCACUUCAUGCCCAUCAAAUUGGCAGAAAUUAAUGCCUGAUGAUAAGAGGUGUUGAAGAAGAUAUAAUACUGUAUAGACUCUAUGAGCUGUUGUUGAUACAGGUGUGUGUUGGUACAAGCAUGUGAGAGAGCAACUUGGCAAUAUCUAGUAAUGUUGAUGCACACAUCUUACAACCUAGUACUUCCACUCCUCUAUAAGACCAUUGCUCCUCAAAGUGUGGUCCUGGGACCUGCAGCACCUGUGAACUUAAUACAAAUGCAGAAUCUCAGGCCCCAUCCCAAAUCUAUUGAACCAGAGUCUGCCAGUUAACAAGAUCUGCCAGAUGAUUGAUUGUAUGGUCCUGAAUAUAUGAGAAGCAACUGUAUGUGGGAAAACGUGUGCAAAUCUAUACACAGUAUUGUUUGUAGUAGGAAACCAUUGAAAACCACCAGUUCCUUCACAGGGUAACAGAUACUUGAUAAAAUAGGAUAUAUCUGUACAAUUUGAAUUACAUGUAUAAACAACCAAAAAAGCACAGGUACAAAAUAUGUAUUGUAUACCAUUUAAAGUACAAAAUGCAAAAUAGUAUUACAUAUUAUUUGUGAAUAUAUAAACAUAGUAAAGGAAUAACAGCAUGAGAAUUAUAAGAACCAAAUUCAGAAUAGAGUUUGAUUAGGGUGGAAAUAAAAGGCAUGAGAUUUUGGAGACACAUAAGGGUGCUUUAUCUUUGUGACAUUUAACCUAAACUUAAUAUAACUGGUAAUAUUUAAUAAAGUGGAUAAUGAGUA